UGUUGCUGCCUGGAAGCCUGAUCGCUGUAGAUAUUGGCGGAGUAAAGGAUGGGAGCGGAAAUCUGGAAGUAGUGAGUUUUGUUCCGUCUGGCAGCACUGCCCGUAGGUCCUCUUGGUCACCAGCGGGAAAGGAGCGACGUGGUCAGUGCCCCCCAUCAGAAAGCCGUCGGAAACACUGCCCUGAGCAGCACGGGAGGAUCAUAGAAUCAUCGAAUGAUAGGAUGGUUUGAGUUAAAGGGACCCCCAAAGGCCACCAGGUCGCACUGCCUGCAGUGCACAGGGACACCCACAGCUCCAUCAGUGCUCACAGCCCUGUGCCCUGACCUUGGGUGUCUACAGGGACGGGGCACCACCACCUCUCUGGGCACCCUGUGCCAGUGCCACACCACUCUCUGUAUAAAGACUUCUUCCUUAGAUCCAAUCUAAAUCUCCCCUCUUUUAGUUUGAAACCAUUUCCCCUUCUCCUAUCACAGCAGACCCUGCUAAAGGGUCUGACCCUUCCUUCUUACAGCCCCUUUACAUACUGCAGAGCCGCUCUCAGCUCUCCCCAGAUCCUUCUCCUCUCCAGGCAGCACAGCCUUGCAGCCCUCUCAGCCUGUCCUCAUGGGGAGGUGUUCCAUCCCUUGGGUCAGUUUUGUGGCUCUCCUCUAGACACGCUCCAACAAGGUGCUGUGGAGCUGUGCUUCCUCCCAGCGAGACAAGGGGGGUCUGCUAUACAGUACUGUCUCACUUUCAGUCUGUGACUCUGAGCCCCACCUUACCAGCAGCAUCAGCUACGUGGCCUUCUCCAGCUCCUCGCACCUUGCUCCCUCUCCACUGGUCACCCAGCUCAGCUCAGCAAGGUGGUUGGGAUGGGGAUGUGUGUACAGCCAGGCGCCGGGGCACUGGAGCAGAAUGAAAGGCGCUUGAUCCCCUCAUCCAGGCAAGGGGCGGUGCGGUGCAGCCCGGCCCCCCCAGGGGACAGCCGGGCACUGUGGCGGCAUGCAGGGGCUGCUGCUGUGUGGGGGGUGGCUGCUGGCUGCUGGCUACGUGCUGGGUGGCUGCCGGCACCGCUGCUGCCCAGGUAGGAACAAUGCCUGCUGGGCCACCGGUGCCCACCGCGCUCGCUGCUACUGCGACUCGUACUGUGAGAGGACGGGCGACUGCUGCCAGGACUACCAGGCUGCGUGCCGCCGAGCCGCUGUGGGCUGUGCAGUGGGGCCAUGGGGGCCCUGGAGCAGCUGCAGUUCUCCAUGCGGAGUGGGCAGCAAGGACCGCAGCCGCCAGGUCACCGUGCCCCCCCGGCACGGCGGGGAGCCCUGCCCUGACCUCAAGCAGCGCCGUGGGUGCCUGGGGGAUGACCCAGCAUGUGGAGCUGCCAAAGGGGUGGCCAAGCUGCUCCCCAAUUCCUUCAGCCAGGACGUCAGGGAUCCCUGGCGCAGAACUGGGAUGCAGCGGUCAGAGGAGCCACCCGGCUCCCACCUCCCCAUCUCCUGCGGCUUUUUCCGCCUGACGCAGGUGGCAGCCGCUUGUCGUGGGCAGCCCUGGAGCCGCCGGCUGCAGCGGGACAGGCGAGUGUGUGUCGAGUGCUGGGGGGAUGCAGUCCAUGGGCACCCCCACUGCGAUGGAUACGGGGUGCAAGGAGCCAGGACAUUUUGGGUGGCCACCUCUGUAGCGGGGUGCCAGGGCUCGUGGGUGCGGGAGGCUCUGCAGGAGGGCUGCGCCUGCCCCCCCCCAGCAUUCAUCUUCGUGUAGGUGAGCGGAGCCCAAUUCCUUUAAGGGCAUCUCGGCUGCUUGGUGUGGUGUGAGGAGCACAAUUAAAGCUGGGCACAGAAAGCAAGGGCAUGGCUGUGGCGAUGCUGUUUGGGGCUGAGUGCACUCAGGUGGGGUAGGAGGAAAAAUUCUUCUCUGAAAGAGCAGCAAAGCAUUGGGACAGGCUGGGAAGUGGUGGUGUCACCGUCCAUGGAGGUGCUCAAGAAACACGGAGAUGUGACACUUGGGGACAUGGUUUACUGGGCGUGGUGGCGAUGGAUCUAUAGUUGGACUCAAUGAUAAGA